GUCUCUGGUGUUAUUAUUCUUGCUCCCCACUCCGUAGAGCCUAGAACUGGUCCAGUGGCGCAGUUAGUGGUGUGAUACCAGUGCUACAAACUUGGCGAGCCAGCCAGGAGUGGCUUAAAGCAUUUAAAACUAGAAACCAGAGGCCGUAUAAUAUUAUCAGUGUUAAAGGAGGAGAAGGAAGGAAAAAAAAUGGAUGUCGUUCAAACCAGUAGUGUAAAAAUCCCUAUCUCAGUCAUAGUUAGCGGUAUAACCGAUACAGAAGUAGAUGACGAACUAAGUGACUUCCUGAAACAAUAUGGUUCCAUUCAAAGGGUAAUUCCAGUAGAUCCCACUGAACCAGAGUCGGCCAAGCAGGUUAUCGUACAGUAUGUGUAUGGCAUAGCUGUGCAAUCUCUCUUACCUUCAUUGCCAUACAGGCUUAACAGUAAGACUAAGACUGAUGUCACUUACCACAUCAGAGCCUUAGCCAGUGUUUACACACCUGUAGCUAGCAAAACAGCUACACAGACUUACCUUUCAGAGUUAAAGGACAUCGCAAAACAGACUGGUAAAGACUUUGCAGCUGUCCUCAGAGAAGAGCUCUCUCUCAUCAGUGAGACUGUCGAUCUAGAUCAUUCAGAGUCCCAAGAUGGAGAUGCAGAGCAGAACUCACCUGAUACCCCAGAGCAACAUGCCCCUGAAAAUGCUGCACAGGUAAGCCCUCUGCCCAGUAUGGCCCCGCAGCAGCAUGUUCAACAUCAUUGGUCUCCACCAUCGACACCAUCUAAAGAAAAGACACAGCCUGCUCUGAAAUUUUCUGAUGUCAAUCCACCUGACAUACAAAAAGUAAUUGUUGAGCACAUAGUGAGAAAUGAAGACUCUGCUCUGCAGGUGCACACUUCCUUGAGACUCAGACCCUUCUCUGGGCGUGUCCCACGUCCCAACAGUGAAGUGGAUUAUGAGACAUGGCGUUCCAAUGUGGAACUUCUUCUUAAAGAUAUAACACAGUCUGAUCUUUACAAGUCACGAAAGCUUCUUGAAAGUCUCUUAUCACCCGCCAUUGAUAUUGUGAAGCACCUGACACCGGAUUCUCCUCUUAGUGUGUACUUAGAGAUCUUGGACUCUGCUUUUGGCACAGCCGAGGAUGGAGAUGACCUCUUUGCAAAGUAUCUCAACACAAUGCAGGAUAAUCGUGAGAAACCUUCAGCUUAUCUACAACGGCUGCAGGUGACGUUGAGCACCACCCUCAGCAGGGGAGGUGUAACUGCAAGCGACCUUGAUCGGCAUCUUCUCAGGCAGUUUGUCAGAGGCUGCUGGGAUAACAUCUUGAUGGCUGAACUCCAGCUAGAACAAAAGAAGCAGAAUCCACCUACCUUUGCUGAACUUCUCCUGUUACUCCGCACAGCAGAAGAUAAAUGUUCUUCCAAAGCUUCACGCAUGAAACAGCACUUCAAUGUUUCAAAACCAAGAGUGUCUUCUCAUUAUCAAGGAGCUUAUGUGCAGGGUGAAGAAGACUGCAGCUCAUCUCAGCCAGCCCCUGCUCACAGGUCUGAAAUCCAAGACUUAAAGAAACAAAUAGCUGAUCUGCAGUCCCAGCUCGCACGUAUCACACAGAAAGACAGUAGAAAAGCUAAAUCAGCCGCCAGACCACUAGCUCCCCAAACAGCUAACACCCAUUCCCCAGCUAUCACUCGCACGUCUCAAAGGCUGCAGCCCCACAGCCGAGAUGCAAACAUCAGCGCAAGCAAUAGACAAAGGCCCUGGCAUUGCUUUAGAUGUGGAGAGGAUGGGCACAUUAAGCCUCAGUGUGAAAGUGAGCCAAACCCAUCUCUUGUGGCUGAGAAGAGGAAGCAGUUAAAAGAAAAGCAGUUAGCAUGGGACAGUCAACAUGGCGCUUCAAAGCCUGAUCCUUUAAACUAGACCCAGUUCCGGUUGUGGGACAAACGGGGACUGGAACACAGGCAAAGUGUCCCAAACAGAAGCUGCACAGAGCCCAUGUGUACUCUCACACACAAAGACAGUCAGUGGCUUUGCCAAAAGGUCUGAUUGGAGCCAAGUGCACUGCACAAGUGACCAUAGCUGACAAAGACUGUAGUUGCUUGUUGGAUUCAGGCUCCCAAGUAACAACAAUACCCAACUCUUUCUAUCUAGAGAACAUGUCUCACUUGCCUCUCAAUUCCUUGAACGACCUGCUUGAGGUGGAAGGAGCCAACGGUCAAAGCGUCCCUUACCUUGGCUAUGUUGAGGCCACCAUCAGAUUCCCAAAGAGCUUGCUUGGAGUCAACAUCGAGGUACCUACACUGGUCUUGGUUGUACCUGACAUGUGCUCCACGUUGUCAUCAGUGCUUAUAGGCACAAAUACCUUGGAUGUUCUCUAUGAGAAGUAUGCAGAGAUUGCACCUCAAAACUUUGAGUCUCUUCCUUAUGGCUACAAAGUCGUCUUAAAGACCCUUGAAAUCCGGAAAAAACAGUCUGUUGAUUCCAACCUGGGAGAGGUGAGGCUUCAUAGUAGAGACCUUGAGACCAUUUCAGCUGGACAGAUCAAAGUCCUUCAAGGAUCAGUGAGUUGCAGAAUAUCUGAUGUUGGAAAGUGGGUGAUAGUAGAGUCACCAAAGUCAUCGUCCCUGCCUGGUGGCAUCCUGGUGACAGAUAGCCUGGUAAGUCUACCACCAAAGCUAUCACGCUGCAUACCAGUGACGCUCAAAAACGAGUCACAGCAUGACAUCACCCUGUCCCCAAAGGCUGUGAUAGCAGAAAUACACGCUGUCAAGAGUGUUCAACCUGUCAAGACCCCUGACUCAGAUUCUCCUACAAAACCUGGCCAAAAACCAAAUCUCGACUUUGACUUUACUGAUUCUCCUGUACCCAAUGAGUGGAAAGAGAGGAUAACAGAGAAAUUGAGCUCCAUGCCGGAGGUGUUUGCAAUGCACGAGCUUGACUUUGGCUGCACUGACAAAAUCAAACACCAUAUAACUCUCAGUGAUGAGACACCAUUCAAACAUAGGCCAAGACCUAUACAUCCGUAGGACAUAGAGGCUGUGCGUACCCAUCUCCAGCAACUCCUCGAUGCAGAAGUCAUCCGUAAAUCAGAGUCACCUUUCUCCUCGCCGAUCGUAGUUGUCAGGAAAAAGGAUGGCAAUGUCAGACUUUGCAUAGAUUACAGAAAGUUGAACACACAAACAGUAAAGGAUUCAUAUGCCUUACCUAAUCUGGAAGAGUCCUUCUCAGCGUUGACCGGGUCCAGGUGGUUCUCGGUGCUAGAUCUCAAAUCAGGCUUCUAUCAAAUAGAGAUGGAGGAAGCAGACAAACACAAAACCGCAUUCGUCUGCCCUCUAGGAUUCUUCGAAUUCAACAGGAUGCCUCAGGGGAUAACCAACGCCCCUAGCACUUUCCAGAGACUUAUGGAGCGUUGUAUGGGAGAGUUGAACUUGAAGCAAGCCCUAGUUUUUCUGGAUGACCUCAUCAUCUUCUCCUCUACAUUGGAGGAGCAUGAGGAAAGGUUGAUGCAUGUGCUCAACCGAUUGAAAGAGUUUGGUUUGAAACUGUCACCAGGGAAGUGUAAGUUCUACCAAACUUCUGUAAAGUACCUCGGCCACAUUGUGUCUGAAAAGGGCAUUGAGACCGAUCCUGACAAAGUGGCAGCAUUAAAAACCUGGCCAAAACCAAACAACUUGAAGGAACUAAGAACCUUCCUGGGUUUCUGCGGUUACUACCGCCGGUUCAUUAAAGACUACUCAAAGAUCGUGAAACCACUCAACGUGCUCACUGCUGGCUAUCCACCGCUAAGAAAGCAUGCUAAAACCACAGUGAACUCUGAGAAGUAUUUCAAUCCAAAGGAUGACUUUGGUGAUAGAUGGACGCUUACGUGCCAAACAGCAUUCGACACUAUAAUCGAAAAGCUGACAACCGCACCCAUCCUCGGGUUUGCUGACCCCAAGCUCUCCUACAUUUUACAUACAGAUGCAAGCACUUUGGGCCUCGGUGCUGCUCUCUACCAGGAGCAACAGGGACAGAAGCGCGUCAUUGCUUAUGCGAGCCGAGGUCUGUCGAAGUGUGAGUCCAGGUAUCCUGCUCACAAAUUAGAAUUUCUUGCCCUUAAGUGGGCAGUAAUUCCAGGAUUACCUGUACGGAAACACAUUCCUUGCUGUCACAGAUAGCAACCCAUUAACUUACAUUCUUACCUCAGCUAAGCUCGAUGCCACGAGCUACAGAUGGUUGGCCGCUCUGUCGACAUUCAAUUUCCAGCUACAGUACAGAGCCGGUAAGCAGAAUCAGGACGCGGACGGACUGUCCAGACGCCCUUAUAGCAGAGUACCUGAUGACACAUCAUCACAAAAAGAGUUGGAGAGGAUACAACAAUUCACAAAAAGACACUUGUCAGAAGCUGAUUAUGCACACCUGAAUGACAGCACCAUCAAAGCCAUCUGUGAGAAGCACUUGGUCCAUGAAGUAAUCAACAAUCAGCCUGGGGAAACAUCACCCAGCACCAUCUUGGUUGUGUCACUUGCCCACCAUCCAAAGGCUCUCCCUCAAAGCUUUGAAGAGGAGGAUCAGCUUGGUGGCUUACCUGUCAUCCCCCCGUUAGCACCAGCUGAACUAAGAGACAAACAAAAUGCUGAUCCCUGCAUUAGUGAAGUCCUCAGGCAAGUGGAGUCUGGAGAGAAACCCCCACCAUCCUUGAGGAAAGAACUUCCUGAGCUUGGUCUCCUAUUGAGGGAGUGGAACAAACUGGAGGUCUCAAAUGGUGUUUUGUAUUGCAGGCGAUAAGAGGGUGCUCAGACUCACUACCAGCUUGUACUCCCCAAAGCCCUGAGAUCCGUAGUUCUAAAGAGCCUCCACGACGACAUGGGCCAUAUGGGUACAGAGCGCACGCUAGAUCUUGUCCGGAAGCGAUUCUAUUGGCCCAAAAUGUCAACUGAGGUGGAAAAUAAAGUCAGAACCUGCAACCAUUGCAUACGACGUAAGACCAUGCCUGAGAAAGCUGCACCACUCAUCAACAUCGUGGCCACAAGACCACUCAAACUCGUGUGCAUGGAUUUUCUCAGUGUGGAGCCGGACUCAAGUAACACAAAAGACAUUCUGGUCAUUACCGACCAUUUUACGAAAUAUGCAGUGGCAGUCCCCACCCCGAAUCAAAAAGCCAGGACAGUGGCCAAGACCCUGUGGGACCAUUUUUUCGUCCAUUAUGGCAUUCCUGAAAGACUUCACAGCGACCAAGGUCCCGACUUUGAAUCCCGAAAGAUAAAAGAACUGUGUGAGCUCAUUGGCACUCAAAAGAUAAGAACCACACCUUAUCAUCCGAGAGGGAACCCUGUAGAACGCUUCAACAGGACCCUGCUCAACAUGUUGGGAACUUUUGAAAACCAGAAGAAGAGUCACUGGCGGGAGUAUGUCAAGCCGUUAGUACACGCUUAUAAUUGUACUAAAAAUGAGACAACCGGCUUUACCCCUUACGAGUUAAUGUUCGGGCGUCAGCCAAGAUUGCCAGUUGACCUAGCCUUUGGCCUACCAGUCAAUCAUCAGCCAGGCUCUCACUCGCAAUAUGUCCGCACCCUGAAAUCUCAACUUGAAGACAGUUACAGAGUAGCAACUGAGAAUGCUAAAAAGACAGCCAGUCGCAACAAAGCAAGGUUUGACAAGCAUGUUGUUGACUCCACCUUGAAAGAAGGCGACAGAGUCUUGGUUCGAAAUGUCCGUCUCAGAGGCAAGCACAAGUUGGCCGACAGGUGGGAGUCCGACGUGUAUGUUGUCCUGAGACAGUCCGGAGACGUUCCAGUGUAUGUUGUGAAACCUGAGACAAGAGAUGGUCCACAAAGAACUCUUCAUCGUGACCUCCUGCUGCCAUGUGGUUUCCUUCCUGUGACCCCGGUCGAAAGCGAAACUAACCCACCAAAGGCAGUAAGGCGACCAAGAACUCGACAACAUUCUGAAUAUGACACAUCAAAAGGAGCCGAUGGGGAUGAAUCCCAAUCUGAUUCUGAGGAAUAUCACUAUCACAGAAACCUAAGAGUGGAAACACUAGGUUUCAACCUGCCUUCCGGACCUAUAGAAUACUUACCUGAAAGGAUUGAACCAGAACCUGACUUGACUGCUGUUGAGCAAAAUCCUUCAGAUGUAGUCGAACCUUUCCCUGAGGAUCCUCCAGUAGAAACUUACGACCUAGACUUACCUGAUCCUGAAGAGAAAGACUUACCUGACUCUGAAGAGAAAGACUUACCUGAUCCUGAAGAGAGAAACUCAAUCGUUGAACAGGAAAUUGGAAACUUACCUGAAAAAGAUCUGGAUAAUGUCCAUCCUUCUACUCAACCUGCUCAGGAGAGCAAAGACAACAUAAAUGAUCUGGGUCAAAUGGACAACCAAAAUGGAAGUGACUGUUCGGGAAGACCUGUCAGAGACAGAAAAGCGACUAAAAGACUGACUUAUCCUGAGCUAGGAAACCCGUUGGUUACAAUAGUUCAGUCUUUAUUUCAAACCUUGAGUGAUGUGUUUACAGACUCUCUUGAAGAACCUAGUUUUCCAAGAACCCCUAGAGUUAUGACAGUAUAAAUUCAAAAUGCACAGGGACAUGCAUUAGGUAAAGAGGGGAGGAUGUAACCCAUGUUAAAAUCUGACAUAAAUAGGAAUAAAUAGUUGGUUAAAAGUCUGUAGACAGAAAAUAACGUCGCUGUUCCUUUAAGGAACCAGCGUUACAGACGCGGCGCCUGGAUGACGCUGCAGUGCACAGACCUGAGGGAGAGAGCAGAGGAGGAAUCGGAGAGAAAGAGCGGUGAUUAAUUAACAGGAAAAGUUAAUAUUAUAGAAAAAGAAAAACACAAUUUACCUGGUCGGGAACUGACGGGGAUUUUAUGAGAACCAAGUUACAUCGGUUUUGGUCAGGUUUUUUUGACCGGUUGGAAGCUCGGUCGGAGCGAGGAUUGGUCUGCGACAUACACAUUCACAGACGGGAUUCAAGAUGGCGAGCCAACCUAGACCUUCAGUUCAUCUUCUCCAUGGCAUCAGGGAGGGACUCUCCCGCGUGUGGUAAUCCGCUGCCGGAGCGGUAGGAAUAUCAGGGACUAGUUCGAACUUAACUGAACAGAACUGAAAACUGAUUGAAUUAUUAUCUUUUGGACUGAAUCAAACUGAGACUUUUCAUUGAACUGAGUACCUGGAUUUACAUUUAGACCUGAACUUGAAUUUAAAGUGCCAUACUUUGAUUUUCAUAUGUUAUGUCUCUGAAUGUGAUUUGAGUAAUUGUGGUCCACUUUGAUUUCAUUGUGUUUGAAGGUAUUUCCCUACCUGU